CGGAAAUUCCAAGAGACGACGUAUUUGCUCUAAAUAUACAGAUAAUAGCACGCCCCUCUCUAAAAUGAGCGAACAGGAAGCAAACGAAGCAAACGAACAGAUGGCGACUGGUGGCGACAAUCCAGAAGAACCAUUGAGCUGCGUGGUUAUGCUGAGUAGUUAUCUCACCUCCAAUUCGACAAUAACUCUCAGCGAGUUCCGCAAGUAUGGCAUCCACGAUGGCUACAAGUACGUCCCAAAGGCUAAAGAUGUCGUGCCGCCCUAUUGUGUAGUGCAUUAUUUGGCCGAGAAGAACAUGAACCUGGCCGUGAUAAACGAUGUUAAACUCUUUUUGGAAGACAAUCCAGAGAUUGAGUUUGAAUCGACCAACUUGGAUGCCGAUGCCGCGUCCGAUGCGGAGCCUGAUCCUUAAGAGCACUGAUCCCUGUUCAAACAAGAAGAAUAAAUGUAGAAAAGUCCAAUAAAAUUGGAAUUAGAAUCAA